UGUACUGCAACUUGUACAUCAAAAAAGUUAUCAGUCAUUACUUUAAAAAAAAUCGUAACUCAUACUUUUCCUGCAAACCUACCACAUAAAUUUACAGUUUUUACCACAUAAAUUUUACUGCAAAUCACAUCAAAUUACAAUACAUACUGCAAAUCAACCUUAAUACUGUAUGUCACCAGUCGGAGCCAUUAGCACCUACUAGAGAGAUUUAAGGGGGAAGAAAGAGAUUAUGAAACACUAAAACUAAAAGAAAUCUACCGCACGCCUACAAGUAAUAAAAUGGAUAUGUGUUAUUACAUUACAAUUUAUAGGUUACAGAACUUGUGACUCCUCUUUCAUUUUCUUGACAACAAACACAAAUCAAAUUCUAAAAAGAAAACUAAGAGAGUGAUAUCCAAUUUAAUCAAAUAUACGUUUUAGCUCUAUAACUGAUUUAUUUAACUCAACUAUAUUCUAUCUUAAAAUGAAAACUGAAAUAAUGAAAAAAUAAAUAUAUUUUUUUCAUUUAUGAAGUAUUCCCAUUUUUUCACUUUGGUAUAAAGUAAAAAAUAGAGUAUGGUUUGAGCAUUUCUUUCUUCAAACUGUAUGUUGAAGUGAAAUACAUAGAGUGGAGUUAGAAAUGUUAUGGACAUUUAUACAACCUAAACCUAUGAAAAUUUCUCAUUUUAAUCUAUUAAAAACGAUUUACCAAAAAAAACUAUUGAAAACAAUUUAUAAUCUGAAAAUGUCAAACUACAUACAUAGUUCCAAGCCAAGUAAUUUGAGUGCAUAAUUUAAAUGAUUUCAAAAAUCAAUAAUAAAAGAAGUAUUAAUGGCGCUGGGGAUAGAGGAGACAGGACACACAACAUGGAAUGUGAACUGGUUCUAGGAGAAUGGGUACUUCUUUUUAUAGAAAUGGUUUUCUCUUUUGCAGGCAGAAGAGUAUCGAAUCUCUAGAGAGUGAAGAAGAGUCUAUAAAAGCCAAAGAUUCUCUCGAAGAUCAAUAAGAUUUUCUUUUCUCCUUCUGCUAUUUUCCCUCUUUUAAUCCACACUACUUGCUCCUACUACUACCCUUGUGAUUGUGAUUUUAUUGCGGUUCAUUAAUCCUAUGUGCUGUGCGCGUGGGUAUAUAACAUAACACACUCCACGCGCUCUUCCUCUAUUACAAUAUUUAAUGCUCUCUCACCCACUUUCUUCUACAAAACUUACAUUUGGUGGUGAGGAACAGAGCGAGAAACAGACACAGAGAAGAGAUAGAGAGAGAGAGAAUCUGACCUCGUUUCCUUCUUGUGCGAGGGAAAUUUAAUUGUUUUCUACUUUGAAUUCUCUCAUUUACUCACCAAGAGAAGAGAGACAGAGAGGUUAAUAUACUAUCAAGACCCUCCUUGACUCUCUCUCAAGAUUUUCAAAACUAGAAAGAGAAAGAGAGAGAGACGAUGUUUGCUGCGGAGAACGGUCUGAAAGGAGAUCCAAGGCUCGAAGCUAUAUCAGCAGCCAUUAGAGUAGUUCCUAAUUUCCCCAAGAAAGGGAUUAUGUUUCAGGACAUAACUACGUUGUUACUUGAUCACAAGGCGUUUAAACAUACAAUUGAUAUCUUCGUAGAUCGUUACAAAGACAUGCAAAUCUCUGUUGUUGCUGGAGUUGAAGCAAGAGGUUUCAUGUUUGGUCCAUCCAUUGCCUUAGCCAUAGGCGCUAAGUUUGUCCCUUUGCGUAAACCAGGCAAAUUACCUGGUAAUUUCACAUUUUCACUUCAUUCUUUGUGUUUCUUUGUUGUUGAUGAUGAAAAUGGUAAAACUGUAACUAUAGGGAAAGUGAUAUCUGAGUCUUAUGAGCUUGAGUAUGGACAUGACCGUUUAGAGAUGCACGUUGAUGCGGUUAAGCCACUAGAACGCGUCAUUAUAAUCGAUGAUCUUGUAGCUACCGGUGGUACACUCUCAGCUGCCAUUAGCCUUAUGGAGAGCCAGGGAGCUGAAGUUGUGGAAUGUGCUUGUGUUAUUGGCUUGCCUGAAGUCAAGGGGCAACACAAGCUGAAAGGGAAGCCGCUCUAUGUGCUGGUGGAGCCUAGUGGAUUAGAUGAAUUUUGUUAGGAUACAACCCGGUUAAUUCCGGUUUGUUUGUUUUUUUCCUGCAGUUCUUUAAAAGUUUUAAGGUCUUUCUAUUUUAGUUUUUUUUUUGUGUCAUUAGAUUUUUGAAUUUUGCUGUUUUGUGUUUAUCGGACGCAGUGGGGGUUAGGACAAUGUGUACUUUCCACUGGCAGUGCCAAGAAACUGAAACGUCUUUACAUUGCUGAUGUUGUUGAACCGGUUUAUGUUUGGUUGGAUUUCUGAUGGAACACUAACCUUUAUAUUAA